AUGGACGACGCUACGCUUAUGGACUCUAUGGACUUGAAGGUGAGAGAGCUAUUGAAGGAGGUUCAACUAGACUAUUCUCCUCCAUUCACUAAGUUCGUUGAUGACACUGUCUCCGCCGUCAAAGCAUGCAUCGAUAAGAUCCCGGAAGAUGUUAAGGUAACGGCCGAUACAGCUCCAAAUUUUGUGAGGGACAUAGGCGCCGAUAAAGUUGAGUUCAAGUUCAAGAAGCCUACAUCUAUUAAAAUCGGGGGCAGUUAUGCCACGCAAACUCUUGCAAAGCCCGGAGUAAAUGUUGACCUUAUUAUCAGGUUGCCGAAGGAGAGUUUCCACGAGAAAGAUUACUUAAAUUAUAGAUACCAUGCCAAGAGAUGCCUGUAUCUUUGCUUGCUGAAAAAGUACUUGGAUACCUCUGCAUCUUUUGAUAAGGUUGAGUGGUCUACGCUGCAAAAUGAAGCCAGAAAACCUAUACUAAUUAUUCAUCCAGCUGCAAAGGUUGCUGAAGUUCCUGGUGUUUGUAUAAGAAUAAUUCCAUCAGCAAUGUCUUUAUUUAGCAUAUCAAGGUUGAACCUGAAUCGUAAUAACAUUCAUACUCCUAAUCAAGCUCUUGAGGCUACACCAAAAUACAAUAGUAGUAUUCUGGAAGAUAUGUUUUUAGAGGACACCGAAUUUAUUGAUAAAAGUUUUUCUAGAUGGAAGGAACUAAGAGAGGCUUCAACAUUGCUCAAGGUUUGGGCUCAACAGAGAAGUUCAAUAUAUGCUUAUGAUUGCCUAAGUGGAUUUUUGAUCUCUGCUAUUCUGGCAUAUCUUCUGACAAGGCAGCAAAUCAGCAUGUCAAUGAAGGCAAUCCAAAUAUUUCGUGUUACCAUGAACUUUAUUGCCAAUUCAGAGUUGUGGAGCCGUGGCCUUUAUUUUCCUCAGGAAGGCCAGAGUAGUAUUACUAAAGAGGAAAGGAUUCAAUUUAAAAAGUCAUUUCCAGUUGUCAUUUGCAAUCCAUCUGGAAGAUUCAAUUUGGCUUUCCGGAUAUCUAGAAUUGGUUUUGCUGAGCUUCAAGAUGAGGCUGCUUUGACGCUUAAAUGCCUGGAGAAAUGUAAAGAUGGUGGAUUUGAGGAAAUCUUUAUGACUAAGAUUGACUAUGCUGCUAAAUACGACUACUGCAUAAGAAUAAAUUUAAAGGGAAAGAAGGAGGCAUAUGCAUUGGGAUUUUGUUCAGACAAUGAAUGUUGGAGAAUAUAUGAGGAAAAAGUACAUGGUAUUCUAACUAAGGGGUUGAAUGAUAGAGCAAAGUUCAUCCGUGUUACCUGGAGAAAUGCAGAGUCACAGUGGAGUGUAGAAGAUGGCAUGUCUACACUUGAUAAAGAGCCAUUAUUUAUUGGAAUUUCAGUGAGUAAUGUGGAGAAAGCAUUUAGGAUGAUUGAUAUUGGCCCCAAUGCUGGAAAUAGUGAAGAGGUGCAAGAAUUUCGGAAGUUCUGGGGGGAAAAAGCAGAGCUUAGGCGAUUUAAAGAUGGUAGAAUUGCAGAAAGCACAGUCUGGGAAAGUGAGAAGUGGGCAAGACAUCUUAUUUUAAAAAGAAUAGUGGAGCAUAUACUCACUCGACAUCUCUCUCUGUUGAAAGAAAAUAUUGUAGUUGCCGUGGAUCAACUUGAUUUCUCUUUGCUACAUGGAGCUGGUGAUCCAAUUUCAUAUACUGAGAGUUUGCUUAAGGCAUUUGAUGUCUUAUCAAAGCGCUUGCGUCUAGUUCCAGACAUCCCUUUGAAGGUGUCUAGUGUACAGCCUUUAAACUCUGCUUUCAGGUUGACAUCAGCCUUCCCUCCUGAACCUCAUCUUUUGGCUAGUGAAAAAAAUGAGUUUGUUAAACUGAAUAAUGCCAUCCCGUCUUGCAUUCAACCACUGGAAGUUAUGAUUCAGCUGGAAGGUUCUGGUAACUGGCCAAUGGAUGAAGUUGCAGUGGAAAAGACGAAAUCGGCCUUCCUUCUUCAGAUUGGAGAGAGUCUUCAAAAACUAUGGGGAAUGACAUGUAUUGCGACCGAGGAUAAUGUGGAUGUAUUAUUAUCUGGAUAUGCAUUUCGUCUUAAAAUUUUGCAUGAGAGGGGCCUCAGUUUGCUCAGCAAGGAAAGUGAGAAUGGUCAAGAAAAGCGUGUUUCUUUGACAGACAAGAAACUUUUCAUCUGUAGUCAACAUUCUAGCAUGAUUAAUGGAUUACAAAGCCGUUACCCAAUAUAUGCAUCAGUAGCUAGGCUUGCAAAACGAUGGGCUGCUUCACAUCUAUUUUCGGCUUGCUUGGUAGAGGAAGCAGUUGAGCUUUUGGUUGCAUCCGUCUUUCUUAAUCCAUUGCCAUUUAAUACUCCUUGCUCAAGGAUAACUGGGUUUUUAAGAUUCCUUCGUUUACUCUCAGAGUAUGGCUGGACAUUCUCUUCAUUGGUUGUUGACAUAAAUAAUGACCUAAGCCAAAGCGAUAAGAAAGAAAUAACCGAUAACUUUGUGUUGAGCAGAAAGGUUCAGGGAGAGAAUGGAGUAAGGCCAGCUAUGUUUAUAGCCACGGUUUAUGAUAAAACAUCUGAGGCAUGGACAGGAUCCUCACCAAGUGCAUUGGAACUUAAACGGCUGGUGGCUUAUGCCCGUAGUAGUGCAAACUUGUUGACGAAACUUAUAUUUCAGGAUCAGAUUGGUCCAUACAGAUGGGAGUGCCUUUUCCGAACUCCUUUGAACAAUUAUGAUGCCAUAGUUCUUCUUCACAGAGAUAAACUCCCUGAUCCGCAAAGACUUCUCUUCCCGUCAGAAGUUGCUCAUGGAAAACUUGUUGUUAGAGGACAUGCUAGCAAGUGUUUCCAGCCUGUGCUUUUGCCUAGAGAUUUGAAGGGGAGGCCAGAGGAAGUUAAAAGCAAGUUGCUGGUUGACUUUGAUCCAUUAAGAUUCUUCAUCAGGGAUUUAGAGAAAGAGUUCUCCACCACGUUCAAGGUAUGGUACGAUUUGUUGGGAGGUGACGCCGUUGGCCUAACGUGGGUUGAAAGUUAUUCUUCAAAGAAACGGAAGCAAGAGGAAGUAGUUGAGAAGGACGAAUAUGACCCAAGCAAAUUGCUGAAGUCAGUAGGUGAUGCUGGGAAAGGUUUUGUGAAGAGUAUUUACUUUCUCAAGCCCCCAAGGCUCUCGAAUUAAUUGGCGUUAAGACAUUUGAAUAUUUGUUGUUCUUCAAAUUUUGUCCCAAUUCAUUGCUAAUUUGAUUUAAUAUAAUUAGUGUGGCUGCCAAUAUGCCGCCAUGAUAGAGCAUGAAAAUACACUUACGGGAAAUGGUAGAAUUGGAGAUUGGUAUAUGUAGAUCCUUCUCCUCAGUCGACUUGUCUGGGUAUAGGAAGAAGCGAAAUAAAAGUAGAUUGGAAUGCUUAUGGCUGAAGCAGAUUGUAUGCUUCCCUGUGAAUUUGCGGAUAAAAUGAAAUCCCACCAAAUUUCCCGCUGCGCA